AUGUUUUCUGAUUCAGCAGAUCAAAUGGCAACGCCACGGAAAAAACCAAAAUUAGAAAAUGAUGAAGAUCUCUUUUUAUUUGAUUUAUCAGAACGUUUUCAUUCGUUUUGCUAUCCACAAACAGACGAUGGAAGUCCUCAAGUGUCAUUAGAUGAUCUUUAUCAACGACUUAAUGAACAUGAUCUCGAAUAUCGUUCAACCAUAGGUUUAAAUCGACAUAAUUUAAAUCAAGAAAUUCUCGUCAACGAAGAAAAUUUAUUUCAAUCGAAAUCAUCAAUAGAACAAUCGAAAGAAAGUUUAAAUGAACGAAAACAAUAUUUAAAAUUAGCUAAAUUAAAACGUCGUCAUCAAUCUGACUAUUUAACUAUGUUUAAUGUUAUCAAUCGAUUGCCGUCACGUGACAUUUCACAAAGGAAACUUAAUCAACUAAAUCUUGAAUAUGAACAACAAAAAUCAGAAUUAGCACAUUUAAAUCAACGUUUAUCUAUCUAUCAAAAACAAUCAAAAGUUGUACUGUAUUCUUUACUUGAACUUGUAGGAUUUAUUGAUGUUAAAUUGCCGAUUAAUUUCGAAGAUGAAAUCGGUCGAUUAGAUAAUAAUCCACUACUAGAAAGUAAUGGAGAUAAAUAA